UAAAGGUGAAAUGAAAGUGAAACAAACACAAGGGGAUGAUUUGUAAAUCAAGUACCGGGGAUAGUUUAACUGAUCAAAGUAACGUAUCUAAUUCCGUUGGACGGAAUCACAUGUCAUUGUUGAUGGCCGACCCUACCUUUUGAAGCAUUGAAACCCUAACGGAGCCAACAUAGAAAUCCAGUGAGGCGAAGAACACGACGACACGGAAGCUUCUCUUUGAUGGCCGACACUUGUUCCAGUAGUGGUGUUGACCGCGAUCCUGUUGUUCGGAAAUAUACUGAAAUCGUUGUUGUGCGUCAUGGUGAAACAGAGUGGAAUGCUGAAAAAAGAAUUCAGGGACAUUUAGAUGUUGACCUGAAUGAUGUCGGAAGACAACAAGCAGUUGCGGUGGCUGAAAGACUAUCAAGAGAGUCCAAAAUUUCUGCCGUAUAUUCAUCUGACCUGAAAAGAGCUCUUGAAACUGCUGAGACAAUUGCAAGUAGAUGUGGAGGGCUUCAGGUAAUUCAAGAUCCUAAUCUUAGAGAGAGACAUUUAGGUGAUCUUCAAGGUCUUGUAUAUGCUGACGCACCCAAAAUGAAACUCAAGGCAUAUAAAGCUCUUUUGUCUCCUGGAAGGGACGUUGAAAUUCCAGGUGGUGGUGAAAGUCUAAAUCAGCUCUAUAAACGUUGCACCAAUACAUUGCGAACGAUUGGCAGUAAACACCGAGGUGAGCGGAUUGUGGUGGUGACUCAUGGCGGUGUGAUCACAGCGCUUCACCAGCGGGCUGCUUCUUCAAGAAAGGGACACCGAGCAGGAAAGAUACUGAAUGUUUCGGUCAAUGUAUUACACUUAUCGGAUCCUGACAAAUGGGUCAUCAAAUCAUGGGGAGAUGUCAGUCAUCUGAAUGGCACUGGGUACUUAGAUUCGGGUUUUGGUGGCGGUCGAACUUCUGGUUAGACAUUUCAUACAUGUUAGUUUCUUGACUUGUUGUCAAGUCUUUGAUGGGCUGUGAAUUAUUGAUGUCUUGAAUUGAGUUGAGUUGUUUUUAAUCCCAUUAAUUGGGUAAUAGCGAUUUGUGCAAAGAUAUUAUGUUUGAAUUAUUGGUCCACAUCGCACAUGAUUGCAAAUGAAGAUAGUGUGGAUUAUUGGAGUU